AUGGCUCCACUUUUACCGGCCGGCGACUGCCCGUCUGGCCGGAGCACCGCGGCUAUCGGGACCACGCCGCCUUGCGACACUCCUGAGGGCCGGUUAAUUGCAAGACACCGCCUGGAGGGGGGCAGUCGCCCGUAUUGGGACCGCGCCCCGACCCACUCAGUGUUCUCUUGGACCGUCCUGCCCACCACCAAGAGCUCGCCUCUCACCAGACUCGCCGUCAUGAAGGUCCUGGCCGUGUUCCUGAUCGCCCUCGCCGUGGCAGCCGCCGCCGAGGAGAAGAAGACAGAGAAGGUCGAGGUCGAGAAGAAGACCGAGAAGCGCGGAGUGCUCGGCCUGGGCUACGGCGCCGCCGCCCUGGGCUACGCCGCCCCCGCCGCCAUCGGCGUCGGCUACCACGCGCCCGCCGUCGGCUACGCCGCCCCCGCAGUCAGCUACGCUGCCCCCGCAGUCAGCUACGCCGCCCCCGCCGUCAGCUACGCCGCCCCCGCCUUGAGCUACGCCGCCCCCGCCGUGGCUAAGGUCGCCGCCGCCCCCGCCCUAUCCUACGCAUCCUACGCCGCGGCCGCCCCCGCCCUGUCCUACGCUUCCUACGCCGCCCCCGCCGCCAUCGGCGUCGGCUACCACGCGCCCGCCGUCAGCUACGCCGCCCCCGCCGUCAGCUACGCCGCUCCCGCCCUGAGCUACGCCGCCCCCGCCGUGGCUAAGGUCGCAGCCGCCCCCGCCCUGUCCUACGCUUCCUACGCCGCCCCCGCCGCCAUCGGCGUCGGCUACCACGCGCCCGCCGUCGGCUACGCCGCCCCCGCCGUCGGCUACGCCGCCUCUGCCUACGGCCUGGCCGCCCCCGCCUACGGCUACGCCUCCCACGGCUACGGCUACGCCGCCCCCGCUUACGCCAAGAUCCACUAAGGAGCGCAUUCUCAACCACUCCGUCAUCUCAACACCUUCUUUAGGGUCCGCGCGUGUCUGGGAGCUACUGCACAAUCAGGAACAGCAGAGGAACGUCAUGAUGGAUCAUCGUCGCUUCACUCACAUCAAAAAUAACACUUCAAAUUACUUUCACCCAUGAAGGAACAAAACAUUGAAUAUUUCUUAUUUAUUUUUCUAUGAAUGUAUAAUUUUUUUUAUACUUACAGAUGCGAAAUAAAUCCGCUCAAUACCUCA